AUGCCAAUUCUUCCAAUCCCACCCCUUCUCACCAAUCCUACAAACCCUACCACCAAUCCAUUUCAUCCCUUUUCCACUGUUGUGAACAUCAAGCUUGACCAGACCAACUACCCACUAUGGAUGACCAAAAAGGGUGAUGUCUCUAUCAUGGAUUACCUGGAUCACAUGAAUGCCAUCAUUGAUAACCUUGCCCUAGCGGGGCAACCAGUAAAUGAUGAUGAACUCAUGCAGAUUGUGUUGAACAAUCUUGGACCUAUCUCUGAAAUUACAUUGCUGCUUGAGGCCGAAGUGGAUAACGCUUGCGUGGAACUGGGAGAGGUGCAUCCCCGUCCAAUCGUGGACUUCCUUCCAAUCAAUGAGGAUACAAUCCUCACAACAACAAUAACUAGCGUAACUAGCCAACUAAUGGUGAGAGAUUUCCUUGUCCAGAUUACAGCAGUACAACAGUACAACAGUGCAGAUUUUAACAAUCUGUGCAUGGUUGCUAUACAACAGCCAUUAGAAGCUGCCUGCAGCAUUUGCAGCAUGACAACCCAUGAUUUUUUUAGCUGUCCACAUAUAGAUGCUUGUUCAGAGUUUACAGCGGAACAAGUUAAUGCAUUUAAUAAUUUUCAGCGUCCAAGAAACGACCCGUAUUCAAAUUUUUACAACUCGGCUUGGGAAAUUGCAAUUGAAAAAUUAUCAACUAUUACAAAUGCAAGAUUUGAACAAACGAAUCAAGAAAUCCAAAAUAUGCAUGCAACAAUGAAAAAUAUGGAACAACAAAUUUGGCAGAUUGCGUUGCAGGUUUCAGAAAGAUCACCGGGUACAUUUCCUAGUCAAACAGCACUUAAUCCAAGAGGACAAGAAGAAUACAAUGCUAUACAUACUUUACGAUUUUGCGCAGCCACAAGACAGAUCCAAAAAUACAGCAUAAGCUACCACAAAAACUACAUAACAUGUUUAUGUGCCUCCAAUGCCUAUCCAGAAAGGUUGAAGCUUAAAGCUAAAGAUCAACAAUUGACAGAUUUUAUGAAGACUUUGGCUAAAGUUCAAAUUAAUCUACCAUCAAUUGAUGCAAUCAAGAACAUUCCAUCUUAUGCCAAGUUUUUGAAGGACGUUUUCACAAAGAAAAAGAAGCUUGUGGAUUCCGAAAAAGUGAUUCUAAUGGAACAGUGCAACGCAGUCUUAUUGCAUAAAUUGCCUUCAAAGAAGAAAGAUCCAAUGACUUUUACUAUCUCUUGCACCAUUGGAAAUUGUGAUUUCAGUAGUGCUUUAAUUGAUUUAGGUGCCAGUGUAAACUUAAUGCCUUAUUCAGUUUUUAAAUGUUUAGGUGAAGGUGAGCUAAAACUAACCUCCAGCAUUAUUCAAUUCGCUGACCGUUCAAUUACCUACCCUAGAGGAGUCAUUGAAGAUGUUAUUGUGAAGGUUGACAAUUUAUAUUUACCAGCUGAUUUUAUGGUGUUGGACAUGGAUGAGGAUUUAACAACACCCAUCAUUUUGGGCUGCCCAUUUCUGGCAACAGCCCGGACUCAUAUUGAUGUUGAAGCCGGAACUCUAACAUUCUGGGUUGAAGAUCAAACGGUUGUGUUUAGGUUGUUUGAAGCCACCACACAUCUAGGUGAUAAACAAUAA